UGCGAUUGUUCGUUUUUGGGGUUAAUGAAAUUUUAGUCACUAAAUAAUGGGUGGCUGUGUUUCGAAGCCCAGAAACAAGUUCAAAUCAAAGGCGAAGAAUAUUUAUCAUAAGUCGGGUAAACUUCGAAGAAAGAUAGCUCCUUCGAGCCCAAUUGUCGAACAUGUGGACCCCACUGAAUACUCUGUCCAAGAAUUUGUUUCGGCGGACAUUCAAAAUGUCGAGACAGUCGAUAAUGUUGGUUCAGACAGAGAAAUAUGGCAAGAGGAGCAAUGGUUCGACUCUCUAAGCGUCCUCGAUUCCGAGACUGACGAAGACUAUAUUAGCGUGGCCGAAGAUGGUUUCACAUCCAUGGACGACCACGAAUGCUACAAAAAAACCGUCGAUAAAUCUAAGGGCACUUUCGUCAUUAUGGGAAAUAAAGAAGAUUACGAAGAAGAAGACUAUGUGCAUCCAACUAGUGAUUCUGCAGACAAUACAAUUGAAAAAAAGAAAUGCUUAGCUCGGAUUACGAUAAUAAAUACGAAUAUUUGUACAGGUUCAUCUAAGAAAUAUUUAUACAAUCCAAUAGGCGGGACCCUCGUACCACGCUCGACCGAGGAGAUGCCACCUCACGGUUCUUGGUCCCCCGUUUCGCCUUCCGUUUUUAAGCUGCGCGGAGAUAGUUUUUUGAGAGAUAAAAAGAAAUAUCCGGCUGCCGAUUAUAGCCCUUAUAUACCUAUCGGUGUCGAUUUUUUCGCAUGUCCGAAGAAGAUACAUCAUAUAGCAGAGCACAUUGAACUCCCGUGUUUCGAAUCACACCAUCAUUUGCCUUCUCUGUUGAUUGUAAAUAUACAGCUACCUGCAUAUCCAGCUUCCAUGUUUCUUGGAGACAGCGAUGGGGAAGGAACGAGCCUCGUAAUAUACUUCAGAGUGUCCGAUAAUUUCGAUAAAGAGACUUCUCCGAAAUAUUUCGACACUUUAAAGAGAUUUAUUGCGAACGAGAUGGAAACGGUGAAAGGUUUUGCGAAGGAAAACGUUGUUCCGUAUAGAGAGAGACUUAAAAUAAUGGUGAACCCCGUGAAUUCGGAAGACCUUGGUUUGAGUUCUGCGGGGAGAAAGCUUCUUCACGCGUAUAAAGAUAAGCCCGUGCUGUCACGCCCUCAGCAUGCGUUUUACAAGGGACCGAAUUACCUUGAAAUCGAUCUUGAUGUACACCGGUUCAGCUAUAUAUCUAGGAGAGGACUCGAAGCGUUCAGUCAACGCUUGAAAUACGGGAUACUUGAUCUGGGACUGACAAUUCAGGGACAAAAUCCAGAGGAACUGCCCGAGAAAGUUAUGUGCUGCGUGCGGUUGAACAAAAUCGACUUUGUGAACCAUGGACAGAUGCCGACACUUGUUACUCUGAGUGAUGAAUAAGCUAGAGUCGAGAAUGCAAUAGAAUAUUCGAUAACUUUUUGUAAGGCGAAAAAAAAAGCAGCUUAUUUUCAGUGAGCUCGAGUUUGUCGAGAGAUCGUUUAGUCAACAGAAAUUUUCUAUUCUUCACUGUACAUUUCAACUUUCUUGUUGAUGAGGAAUUCAUUGUUCGUUGCA